CAUUUUACAAAGCGUCAACAUCGAGAUUACCAUAAAAUAUGAAUUUCAAAUCGUUCACAAACAAAUAUGUUUUGCUAUAAUAAAAGGAGUUAUAUAUGUGUAAAAAGUUUAUAUGUCCAUGUCCUUUCUGGACUGCCGAAGAUGUCCAAUUGGCCAGUCACCCCGUCCACCGCACACCAAUAGACAAGCUCGGCUUCACUUUCAGAUGUUGCUGGUGCAUACCCCUCAGGCUGGCUACCAUAUUCGUCUGUUUGGUCACAUUUAUGUGGGCAGCCUUGGAAUUAAUAGGAGUAAAAAAGUUGAUGUCCGAUAUAUUUGAAGGUGACUCGGCUGUCUAUUACACUUCCAUGAUUUACAUUUUCCUCACAAUAUCUUUAAUUUUGGCAUCUGGAAUACUUUUAAUAGGUAUCAUAGUUAGACAAUACAAGUCGCAACUUGUCGACAAGGAGUCGCGAAACAUCACUGUAAAGAGCUGUUUCGCCGCGUUCGACGGUGAAUGCGGCGGAACAGCGCUGAACACUCUCUAUAGCAUUCGCAUGAUAAAUACACAUUUAUCCUCAUUUUAUAUCACCGACACGCUUGCCCAGUAUGGUGACUUAGGAGCAUAUAUACCUGACGAUAAAAACCAGUGUAAAAAGUAG